CACGCCCCACUCCUGGCAUGUUGACGUCCGAGGGGUGCCGUUUCCGCCCUCAUCCUAGGAAGGCGUGAAGGGGGCGGAGCCGGGUGGAAAGCGCGCUGCUUGUACGUCACUUCCGGUGAGCCCGGUGGCGACAACGGCAACAUGGCCCUGAACGGCGCUGAAGUCGACGAUUUCUCCUGGGAGCCCCCAAGCGAAGCGGAGACGAAGGUUCUGCAAGCGCGACGGGAGCGACAGGAUCGCAUCUCCAGACUCAUGGGCGACUACCUGCUGCGUGGUUACCGCAUGCUGGGCGAGACGUGCGCGGACUGCGGGACGAUCCUCCUCCAAGACAAACAGCGGAAAAUCUACUGCGUGGCUUGUCAGGAGCUCGACUCAGACGUGGAUAAAGAUAAUCCGGCUCUGAACGCCCAGGCUGCCCUCUCCCAAGCUCGGGAACACCAGCUUGCCUCUGCCUCGGAGCUCCCCUUGGGCUCCCGGCCAGCCCCUCAGCCCCCAGUACCCCGUCCAGAGCACUGUGAGGGAGCUGCAGCAGGGCUCAAGGCAGCCCAGGGGCCACCCCCUCCUGCUGGGCCUCCAAAUGCAGACGUCCUGGCCUGCACACAGGAGGCCCUCCUGCAGAAGCUGACCUGGGCCUCAGCUGAGCUGGGCUCUAGCACCUCCCUGGAGACUAGCAUCCAGCUGUGUAGCCUAAUCCGAGCUUGUGCUGAGGCUCUGCGCAGCCUGCGGCAGCUUCGACACUAAGAGGCCCCUCCUGAGAAAAACCCUCUAGAAAAACA